CAGGAUAAUCAGAAUCUUUGUUCAGAGUCAUCUGAUCUUGCAAAAAUUGACACAGCAUAGCUAAUAAUCCACCACAAUUCAGAAACUACAGUGGAUUUUAAAAGGCAGCUUUAUUUUCCUGCCUUCCAUGUGAGGCAGAUUAAAUAAUCAAAAAGACGGGGCUAUCAGGUCAUGAUUUGUAUGUUACAGCUGUCCAGUUAGAGUUGACAGACACUCUCUGCAUGGCCUGCUGACAGAUUAAAAGAAGCAGGGUAAGACUCUGAGAGCCAGAAAUGGACGUUGAGGGAAAAAAAGAUUGUGAUAAAGAAAAAAAAAACAAAGGCUGAUGGAUUAACUCACUAGAAAUUGUAGCACUUCUACUCAAGCCAAGGAUACAAUCUCAAAACAAAAAAACUAAAAACAACACCACAAAAAUAAAACAAGCAGAAGAAAUUGGAUGAGCAUGUUACAGUUUUGAAGGAGGAACCAGAAUCAAGUGUACAUUUACUGUUCUACCUCAGAAAACUGGACUGAGUCUUCUUCAAGGUGGGAAACAAGCAAAGCAGAAUGACAGGUAACUGGCUUCUGGUGCUGAGCAUUGUCUUCACAGCACACACAGCUCACGGGUGUCCUCAAAAAUGCCUAUGCCAUAUGGCUUCAAAGACCACAGACUGCAAGAAUAGAGGUUUUACUGAAAUUCCUGCGCACUUACCACCUGAAACUCAGAUACUGCUGUUGCAGAAUAAUCGCAUUUGGAGAAUCAACCAAAAUGCAUUCACUGGAACACCACUGCUGAAAAUCUUAGACUUGUCUAAUAAUUCUCUCUCAAGUUUUGCACCAGGUGCUUUACAAAAAUUACGGUACCUACAGGUUCUAAACCUAACUAGAAAUUUGAUUCAUUAUAUAGAAAACAAGACCUUCAGUUUCCUCCCACACCUCAAAGAACUGGACUUGUCAUCCAACAGCAUUGUACGUUUGCCUGAGACUUUUGGAAACAGCACAGGGAAUAUUACAUUACUGUCAGUGAAGCACAACAAGCUUCAGAAAAUGGAAAGAGUUCUGCUGGAGUCACUUCCAAACCUGAAAGUUGUUCUUUUCAAGGAUAAUCCCUGGCUAUGUAAUUGCAAUGUCUUUGGCCUGAAACUGUGGUUGGAGAGUUUUUUAUACAGAGGAGGAAUAAGUGAUGGCAUCAUCUGUGCAACACCAGGGAUUCGGAAGGGCAAGGACCUCCUCAAAGUUCCUUAUGAACUGUUUGGGGCGUGCCCACUUACGACAGUUCACACUCAUCUGGCCACCACUCAUCACCACAGCUUUGAGCACAGGAGUUCUCUGAAGCACUCUCACCACAACGAACACGGGGAAAACAGCAGGCUAAGUUGUGAACCCAAACCAAAGCCGAGGCCUGUUAAUUUGCGUCAUGCAAUUGCCACUGUAGUAAUAACUGGAGUUGUCUGUGGAAUUGUGUGUCUAAUGAUGUUGGCAGCUGCUGUUUAUGGUUGUGCCUAUGCUGCAAUUACUGCUAAAUACCACAGAGAACAUUUGGCCCCUGCAAGACAGCAUGGGACUCCUGAGGAAAAAGAGCCAUUUGAUAGCUCCUUGGCUUGAGUUACUUUUGUCUCUGGUUUCUUGAAAAUAAAGAGCCCUUACCUCAGUUUAAAAGCUUGGAACCUAAAUAGGUUUAAUAGUUAUGACUGCUUUUAUUUUCUUUUUCACAUUAAAGAAAUUCUCUGUGUGUAUAUACAUAUACAUAUAUAUAUAUAUAUAUGUUCCAUACAUAUGUUCCUUGAACUAUACAUUAAGGUAUAUUUAUGUAGCAGGAUGCAACUUAUUGCAUAUAUCCGUACUUAUAUUUUGCUUUAUAUAUUCUGAAGCCAAAAUGUAAGGCUGAAUGUGUAACAGAAUGAAAUUUUAACACAGUUAUUUCCAAGUAUUCCAUUCUUCACUCCGAGCUUUUGAUGUAAUAUUAGUACAAUAUACGAAUAAUGGUGUGCCUACACUUAGCACUCAACAUGAGAGAUUUUUGCAAAGAAAAACAUAAAUGAUGAGAGUUUAAGAUCUUAAAAUAUCUGGUAUGUAUUCAGAAAUAUAAUUUAUAAUCAGUUUUAGAACUGGCCGGACUAUACACUGAUAACUUACAAAAUUGUUGCAAUGUUUCCAAAUACUAUUUCCCACCUCCUAAUUUGCCCCCAUUAAGGAGUUUAGAAAAUAGGAAAUAGCUUGUUAACAUUUCAUCUUUAAAGUACUUGCAAGGAAGAAGAAAGAGAGCUGAGAAAUCAUAGGAGGAGGAAGUAAUGCUACACUAUGUUUCAGGCUCUGAGAUAAGCAUGCACUGCAUAUAAGAAGAGACACUACCUGUUAUCCAGUGGGAUACAUGCUUGCUAAAGACGUUUCCGAAACUCCUAAAUUCAAGAUCCACACAACCUCAGGACUACGGAUGAAGUCCUGAUCAGUGUGCUGCCCUUCAGUAAGGAGGAUCACCUAGCUGCAUGUUGGCACAUUUUCAAAGAGAAAACAUCCAGCUGAAUUAAUUCAAGGGUCUGCCCUUUUUGCAGCUCUGUUCAGAGGAUACCAGAGCAAAAACCACAGUAACCAAUUUAAAACACAAAGAAUACUUUGAAUGUGCAGUAGUAUUUUUCAAAUAAUUUGUAGAAAUUAUAGUCUCAAAACAACCAAAGUGAUCAGCUACUUCAUCUACCUUUUCUGAGACUAGAUUGAGUAACGUCCAGUCUAUUUGUGGCAAAUGUUUGUCCAAGGUGUUUUUAAACCUUUACAAUGACAUGGAUUAACACUCUGCCUAGGAAGUGGAUGCAGCAAUCGACUUUGCUUGUAGUCUGCAGAUUUUUUCUUAGUAUCUGCCCUAAACCUGCUUUGCUAAAAAUAUUGCUAGUGUAUUUUAAUGGCCAGAAGACUUGAGGACAGCAGCUGUCUCUCCAAUAAGAAUAAAACAAAGCUGUGCCAUGGCAUUCAGAGACCUCUGAUCUUCUUUCAACAGACAGAUUCACAGACCAAGUCUUAUUAGAGCAACUUCAGCCCCAACUGAAUAAUGAGCUGUAUGGCAGAAGUCAUAUAACCCUUGCUCUUAUCUACUUAGUAAUAAUUGAAACGUAAAUUUUAAAGCUCAAUCCUGCAUCUGCAGUUACUUUCAUGUCCAGGAGAAAUUAAGCAUCUCAGUUUUAAUGUAAAUCCAGCACACAAUGAAAACAAUCAAUUGCUUUCUUUUUUUUUUUUUUUUUUUUUUUUUUUUUUUUUUUGUGGAUAGCAUUACUACACCCUUGACAUUAUAGUUAGUCUGUUUUGUACUAAAUAAAUCAAGCUGUUUCAAAAUUUCCUAUAAGAACACAUCUUUCAAACACUUUUUCUCCUGCAAUCUCUGGAACCUUUUCAGUUUUUCUACAUUUUUUUUUUUUUAAUGUGGUGCUUUGGGCCAGGUAUAUUACUACAGCUGAGACAUUAUCAGCACGGAAUCUGAGAAUAUUUAUAUUCAGGCUCUUUAAAUCUGAUCUCUUGAUGAUGUAAUUCCAAAGUGAAUGUGCUUCUCUUUUUUUUUUUUUUUUUUCAGUUGAUAUAUUUUCUGAAGUUUAAUGAACAAUCUGUUUUCAGAGCAAAGUCAUUCUAGUGUGGAGAUCAACAUUUAUUACUCUUUUUAUCAAUUUAGCGGGAUAUUAUUUUUCAAAGGAAAACAUAACUUUUCAGAUAGAGAAAUAACUCAGGGAAGUAUUUUACUGCCUAUGAGCCAAAAAAUUAGUUCAGAGCCAAGCCAAAUAACAGUGCUUUCCUAUGGUGACCACCUGAAAUGAGUACACUUGCAUUCAUAUGGCAGAUCCUAAAAUGAAAGCUAAUAAACCUCUGACCUCCAUGGAGAUUGCAGCCACAGUGUUUUUAACACCAAUGCAACUCCCAUUACAAAUAAGUUUACACCUCUGACGUAUUCAAACAAAGGAAGGAUUCAAUAUUUCCCUGCCAGAAAUAACCAGAACAUCUUUGACUUUAAAAAAUAUUCUUAUUAACAAAAACCUUUUAGGUUUUUC